AUGAACUAAUGUCUUUAUGCAAAGAAUCAGAGACAAAGAUACUUUUAGAACGAAAUAUUUAUAAUCUGCUUCUAUUUAUUUAAUGUGAAAUAGAUAUUUACGACACUCAAAGCAGAUGAUGUCAAUAUAAGGAUGUUGCAGGUGCCCUAUCAUAAUCUAUCGACAUAAUUCUUGCUUAUAAUGCAAUAACAAUUCAAUAUGAAGAGAAUAUGA